AUGACUGUUGCCACAGGCGACCCCUCUGACGAGGCGGCUGCACACCCGGGGCACCCACAGGACUACGACCCGGAGGCCGACCAUGAGUGUUGUGAGAGGGUGGUCAUCAACAUCUCAGGGCUGCGCUUUGAGACACAACUCAAAACCCUCUCACAGUUCCCAGAGACUCUGCUGGGGGACCCCAAAAAGAGGAUGCGGUACUUUGACCCGCUGAGGAACGAGUACUUUUUCGACAGGAACAGACCCAGCUUUGACGCCAUAUUGUAUUAUUACCAAUCAGGGGGCCGGCUAAGAAGGCCGGUCAACGUCACCCUUGAUAUUUUCUCAGAGGAGAUUCGCUUCUACGAACUGGGCGAGGAGGCCAUCGAGAUGUUCAGAGAAGACGAGGGUUUCAUCAAGGAGGAAGAGCGGCCCCUCCCUGAGAAUGAGUUUCAGAGACAGGUGUGGCUGCUGUUCGAGUACCCAGAGAGCUCAGGUCCUGCUAGGAUUAUUGCCAUAAUCUCUGUCAUGGUCAUCCUGAUAUCUAUAGUCAGUUUCUGCUUGGAGACCCUCCCCAUUUUCCGCAAUGAUGAGGACGAAAUGCACAAGUCUCACGCGGAAGUCUUUUCACCUGAGACCAACACCACAAUCAUCAGCUACACAUCCACCUACUUCACUGACCCCUUCUUUAUCCUGGAGACUCUUUGCAUUAUAUGGUUCUCCUUUGAGUUCCUGGUGCGCUUCUUUGCCUGCCCCAGCAAAGCAGGCUUUUUUGGUAAUAUAAUGAACAUUAUUGACAUUGUUGCCAUCAUCCCUUACUUCAUCACUCUUGGCACAGAGCUAGCAGACAGGCCAGAGGAUGGUCAAGCAGGUCAGCAAGCCAUGUCUUUAGCCAUUCUCAGGGUCAUCCGCUUAGUACGAGUCUUCAGAAUUUUCAAGCUUUCUCGCCACUCUAAGGGGCUUCAGAUUUUGGGUCAGACCCUGAAAGCCAGCAUGAGAGAGCUCGGCCUGCUCAUUUUCUUCCUCUUCAUAGGGGUCAUCCUUUUCUCCAGUGCGGUCUACUUCGCUGAAGCAGAUGAGCCCGAGUCACAGUUCGAAAGCAUCCCAGAUGCGUUUUGGUGGGCUGUGGUGUCCAUGACAACAGUCGGCUAUGGUGAUAUGGUCCCGACAACCAUUGGUGGUAAGAUUGUGGGCUCCCUCUGUGCCAUUGCAGGUGUGCUGACCAUUGCCUUGCCGGUGCCUGUCAUUGUGUCCAACUUCAACUACUUCUAUCACCGUGAGACUGAGGGUGAAGAACAGGCGCAGUACCUGCAGGUCAACGUGCCCAAAGCCGAUUCAGCGGAGGAGCUGAAGAAGAGCCGGAGCGGCUCCACCAUCAGUAAAUCGGACUAUAUGGAGAUCCAGGAGGCUGUGAACAACAGCAAUGAGGACUUUCAGGAGGAGAACCUCAAGACAGCCAACUGCACGCUGGCCAACACAAACUAUGUAAACAUCACCAAAAUGCUCACAGACGUGUAG